GUUAUCAAUAUUUUUCAAAGGAUCAUGAACUGAUCACUGAAUAAGAAUUUACAUUUAGAAUUCGCAAUAUCAAAUCUCAAACGAUGUUAUUUGUUUUGAGGAAAUUAGAAAUUUUAACGGUCUGAACUCUGAAGUCUGAACUUUACUUUAACCACAAUAAUUACUGUACAGUCGUGUAUUUUAAUUUAUAUCAAGCUUAAGACUGGAAUUAAAGAGUUUUAAAUUUACGUAACAGCCAUUAAUAUUAAUUGUUAAAUAGGUACUAGAGUUUAUCUUUAAUCCUAACCUGCAUUCAUUUUCAUAAAUAUGGCUGUUAGCUAUUUCGAUGAAAAAAGUGGUAUUAUACCAUGUAAUACAGAAUGGGGUAGAUGGUGGCAAACUGUGGAUGAAUUACAUAUUGAAGUAACACUGUCAGUUAAUACAAAAUCCAAAGAUGUAAAAGUCAAUGUCACUAACUCAAGUAUAACUUGUCAAAUUUUUGGAAAAACCUUAUUUUCUGGCAAUUUAUUUAGAAAAGUACGUGCUGACGACACUUUAUGGACAUUAGAGGACAAUGGUACUUUGUUAAACAUUGUAUUAACAAAAGCAGAUUCUUCAAAUAAAGAAAAUGUUUGGGAGGCUAUAAUGGAGGAUGGAUCAUUUAAAGCAGAUCCAAUAACAUAUAUUGAAAUGAUGAAAAAAAUGGAUCUAGAAAAGCUUCAAAUGAAGUACCCGGGAAUGGACUUCAGCAGUUCAAAACUUCAGAAAGAUUAUGACUCUAUACCAGGACUCAAUCAACCAUAGAUUUGUAUACCUAGAUUCUAGACUGUAUUUAUAUGAUUAAAUUGUUUUUCCUUAAACUACAA